AAGAGGCAACUGUUGCUAGGGGUCCCAUUACCCUAGUAACCGGUGAUUGUUUACAUUGGUCUACUGGGUUUGCUUACUUGCAGUGUAACAGACUAUGGCUGGUUUCAGAGGGCUAAACUGCUGAGAGACAAUGUGAUUUCACCUCUGUCGAGUCGGCCCUUCAGUCUGGGGGUUUGCUGUUUGUCCCGAGGUUGGACUACAAGGCUGAGUUCACAUGGCAGAAGAAGAAUAGCCUGCGUUGGUUUCCAUGGAUUCUGGCUGUCCAUGUGUGUGACGCUUGAGUUGCAGUGUACUCUGACCUACAUUGAAAAAAAAACAUCUCAUUCCUGGUCACAUUGUCUGACUACAGUCCUCCCAUGUUGGAACACUUCUAGCCAUCAUCAGCGAUCUGCACCAGCACAAGGUCAUGUUAUCUGAGUGCUGGGUGGAGCCCUGCAGUGAGGGCCGGGCAGAGGAGACCAGACUGGAGAAGCGACAAGGGGAAAAAGCAGAAAAGGAGGAAGUGGAGGUUCCCUGUGGGGACAACCAGCCUGCAGUAAGCCUGAUGCAGAAGGAGGAGCCAGGAGGAGAACGGCCUUCAUCACCUGACCGUAGUGGCAUCCAGGAAGUGACAUCUAAAGGUGGACUGGAGCAGGUCCAGAGUGAGGAGAAGCAGACUCAGAAAAAGAGAAAGAGGUUUUCACGCAUGACUGUCAACCAGGAAAGCCGGGAUAGAGGGUCAGUAUCAGGUGCCUGCCUGGUGGAGCGAUACCUCCGGAGGUCCUUCCCCAGGGGCUUGUUGACUCGCUCCUACCCAGACAGGGACAGGGAGCGGCAGGCAGAGGAGCCCCAGGGACCUGGGCCUUUCUACUACUUUGGAGGCGGCAAUGGUGCUGAAAUAGUGAGCAGCUACUGUGAGAGCAGGGGAUGGAAGAGGAUUUACAAUAAACACAGGGAGGAUUUCAAACUUAAGUGGUGUGAAACUAAAUCUACAGUCAACUACAGCAACUUCAGAGAAGGUGAACAGUUGGUGUUCCAGAUUCCCAACAACAAGGCCCUCACCACUAAGAUCGGCCUCCUCAGCAGCCUGCGGGAGUACGAGCGAGUCAGCAGCAAAGUCAACCAUGGCCGAGGACUGAGGAGGCUGAAAAUGGAAGAGUUCAUUCCCACUACCUUCCGCAUGGAUGUGAGGGAAGAAAGAGAGGCUUUCUUUGCCCAGCAGGAGGGUGUGAGCAACAAUGAGAGUGACAUGUGGAUCUGUAAACCGACGGGUCUGAAUCAGGGCAAAGGGAUUUUCCUGCUGAAGAGUCAGGAGGACGUAGCUGCCUUCAGACUGAGGCUGCAGCACAUGGAGGACAGACAAACGAGCAGGAAGAUACACCACCGCCAGCCUCAGGCUCGUGUUGUCCAACAUUACAUUAAGAGUCCACUGCUCCUGAAGGGGAAGAAGUUUGAUGUGCGCUCUUACCUUCUGAUUGCCUGCACUGCACCUUACAUGGUCUUCUUCCGUCAUGGAUAUGUACGGUUGACCUGCGACCUCUAUGACCCCAACUCCCAGAACCUCUCUGCUCACCUGACCAAUCAGUACAUGCAGAAGAAGAACCCCUUGUACAGCCAGCUUAAAGAGGACACUGUGUGGUCUAUGGAGAGCUUCAACACUUACGUCAACGACAGGUUUCGAGUUGCCAUGGAUCUGCCCAGGGACUGGGUGCUGGGCGUCUUUGCAAAGCGCAUGCAGCAAAUCAUGAUGCAGUGUUUCUUUGCAGUCAAAUCUAAGUUAGACCGCAGACUGGGCUUCUUUGACCUGAUUGGCUGCGACUUCAUGGUUGAUGAAGACUUCAAGGUGUGGCUGUUGGAGAUGAACUGUAAUCCAGCUCUCCAUACGAACUGUGAAGUGCUGAAGGAGGUGAUACCCAACACUGUUGUGGAGGCACUGGAUUUAACUCUUGAGAUCUUCAGCAAAUGUCGUCUCAGGCAGAGGAUUCUCCCUUUGACCAGUCAGAGGGAGUUUGUGCUGCUGUAUAACGGAGUCUAUCCUCCUGAUUCAGUACCACCCUGCAGCAAGAGCAACACAAACAGUGACUUCAACCAGAAAAGUACUAAAAAGACCCAAAAGACUGAAUCCAGAAGAUGUAAGUCAGAGACGGAAGGCAACAUUGUGUCCUUAGCUUCCCCUGAUAACUCUGUAAAUGUCUCAGUGAGCUGUGAAGGAAGGGGUGCUUCAAUAUCCAGUCGCCGUCCUACCACUACCUCACCUCCAAAUCAAAGCCCUCCGUCAGUGCAGACUGUUAAGAAUAAGACCCACAGGCCUCGGGUUGAACUCAAGCCGAGCAAAUGUACCUUGCAUCAUGGUUUGAAGGCUGUAGAUGACGCGGAACGCUCUAACACUCAGCAGAAGCCAAGGCUCAUCAUGUCCUUGUCGUCACUGGCGGUGGGUAAAAGGAUCUCAGUCGGUGGCUCCUUAGGGACAACGACACUCGUCCCCCCUCAGGCUGGACCUCCUGUGCGUGGUAACAACCAAAGAGGAGAGGAACCUGAUGAAGAAGAGCUCAGAGAGGACACAAAGGGCUUAGUUAAUGACAUGAUAGAGGAACUGUGAUGCUUUAUAUGCAAACAACUGAGCUCUUUGUCACACUUUGGACAUGUGGUACUGUUUAACUUCCAGAGAAAUGCUCAUGAAUGUUUCACGUGUCAAUAAAGAGUUGGGUUAAUUUUGCUCUUGGUUU